UUACCAGUGGUCCCGCAACUCCUGGCGUGAAUAUUUGUUUUCCAAUGGAGCUCGCAGUACGAGCACCUAAUCAAAGACUAAUUUAAAAAAACAUACUUUAAACGGUUGACGAAGUCUGGCGUCGACAAACCCAAAUUUCUAUGCCUGGUACUCUUACUUUCAGAAUUUCUUCUAGAGUUUUUCAUUAGCAAUUUUUCUCGCCGUUUCACAGGCAAACAUAGCUGAACUGAAAUGACCGGACACUACAAGUCAUCGACGGCGGCAGAAACGGAGCGGCGGCGUGCUCUCAUGGACCGCUGCUGGAGCGUCCCUUUCGGUGUGGCCCUGUCAGCGUUCCUGUUGGUCAUGGUGAGCUCCUGCUACGGGUACGUGUCCGUGCUGUUCAGGGAGAAGUACGGCGUCAACCACGAGAAGGCGUCCUGGCUCGCAAGCACACUGGUCAUCGCGCAAAGCUCUUCAGGCAUGCUAGUAAGUCAGCUGCAGCACAGGAUAUCCGUCUAUCACAUCAGUCUCGUGGGAGGCUGCUUGGCUUCUGCGGGCCUCGUGGCGUCUGCAUUCGCCCCUAACAUUGGCUGGAUGACAUUUACUUUUGGGAUUAUGUAUGGCACUGGCAUAGGAACCGCUCUCCUCGGGCUGUGCCUAUACCUGCUGCUGUACUUCGACGAGUACAGAGGAACAGCGACAGCCAUUAUGUGGAUCUUCAGAGCCACGUCUGGAAUGGCUGGCAUGCCACUCUUGUGGCAUCUCACAGGAAGCUACGGUAUUCAAGGCUGCCUUCUCGUGAUGGGAGGCUUGGUGAUGCACUGCGUGCCAAUCAUCAUGCUAAUCCAGUCACCACGCCCCUGCAGCCGGUUCUUCCAAAAGACGGUCUACAAAAGUGCAGUUUACGCAAAAGACAACAAAAACGUUGAAAACCUGGAUGAAAAGGUGACUAUAGCUAACUCGUUGACGGAUCACGAGUGGAAUCAAACUGAUGUUUGUGAGGAGAAAGCAACAACUAGCAGGCUGCGAAUUGCUUUGACAAGUUUUACGUUGAUGCCCUUUUACGUGCUCGUCAUCCAGUCUGUUAUUUCGGAAUACGUGUUUGUGUCCUUCACUGUGACCAUUGUCGCGCAUGCCGUAGACAAAGGACUAGAACUUCAUCAGGGCAACGAGGUCGUCGUCUACAGUGCUGUGGGACUCCUGGUUGGUCGGAUCAUCGUGCCUUUCGCGACAGAUAAAAUACGCUUUAGCCGAUGCCCCACGACGGCGUUCUGCUACUUAGUCGCCGCGGUCUGCAUGCUCUUACUGGCACGGGUAAAGUCAUUUGCCGGCAUGAUCCUCCUGACUAUUGUGAUGGGAGUGGCGCAGGGCUACAUACUAUGCAUCAAGACUGUGCUCAUAGCGGAUUACGUGGGGGUGUCGGGAGUCAGUUUCUGCUGCGGCGUGGGAGGCCUGGUGACCAUUCCCGUGUGGCUUUGUGGACCUGCCAUUAUCGGAUUCUUCCGUGACACGAAGGGGUCGUACGAUCUACUGUACGUGACGUUUGCCGCACUCUGCUUCCUUGUCGCAAUGCUACUGGCGUACUUGAGCUGCAGAGACGUUGCCCAUCGAAAGAGUCGGAGGAAGGAAUGCGUUCGCGAUGACGGAUCGUCUGAAAUGCGACCGAUGAACAAAGACAUGAUUACGUCCAAGCUGGAGGAGUGCAUCGACUGCUAAUGUAGGAAGUUUCCCGUGAACAAACUGACAGCCUCGAUGUUUAAAGAAGUGGGAAGACGAGAAUGAGAGCUACAGGGCGCUGAAAUAAAAUGCCCCACCCGUGCACAUCUAUAAAACAUGAAAGGAAAAGGUUCAUUCAUGGGGUUUCUUGUCCCGAAACCGCACUGAGGCAAUGAGAGAGGCUGGAGAGCAGGGACUGCAGUUUUAUUUC